AUGUCUCUUCAUAAAUCCGGAUUUCGAAAGGCUGUGAUUGACUGGAGAGAGGAUGGAGGGGACGUGGGCGUUUGGGUUGGAGAAUUGCGCACCAUCAUGAAAUUGUGUAGACAUGAACUGAUCGCUAUCGUUUCAAGAACUGAACGACGACGGCGACGACGUCAAGCAAGUAUAGAGUACGUCGAGUAUAAAUUACAAGCCAGCUAA